CUAUGAGACCAGGCUGGUCAGCCACUACAACAUCCCUCUUGCAAAGGACAGUGGUCCAUUGACGAAAUCGAAGGUGGCUACCUAUUGAUUGAGAGCACCGGGGGCUGAGCCCCCGUCUCCUCCUUCCAUGUCAGACAGGAUAAAAGUAUGGUUGGGAUGGACCAAAGGCAGUAGAUCCUUUGGGCAAGUUGAGAACCUGCUGAUACUUGAACACUUAUUUGGGACAGUUGCUUCAUUGUCAUGGACAAGACUGUCUCUGUGAAGUACUGGCUGGGACUGGUAGCCUUCCUGCUCCUACAAGGGGUAGUCAGUGUGGAGGGCAGAAGCAUCUUCAACCCUGGAAACCAUGUUUAUCAGCCAAGGGAAGGCACAGAUGGCCAGAACAAGAUUCUAGCAUUUCUACUACAUAAAAGCUUAGAACCUGUUGAAAGAAAUGACGCUUUAGGUUUACAUUUGGACAACAAACUAGCAGAGUUGGAGGAGCUAGAGGCUUUGAAGGAGGGCUUGGAGCUGGAGAGGGAGCUCUCAUCCAAUGUAUUAGCAGAGGACAAGUCCAUACCGAGGAAAAGGGAUUGUUUCUGGAAGUACUGUGUAUGACAGUUUAAGGGAGAGAAACUCUACUGAGUCCUGCUGCAUCGCCCUAACCCUCCAAAGCCUUAAGACUCAAUACGCUCACAGACAUAAACACAACUCCCCAUUACCAUCACCAACUGUUGAAAUGUUGUAACAUAACUAAUGCACUCAUCGCAUAUUGUACUGCUGAAGUCGUCAUGACUCGGGCAUACUAGCAUGACCAAGGAGUGUUGUUGUCUUAACCAAAGAUCUGCUGGCAAAGGCCUUGGUCCAUAAAGUUUCCACACCCAGAGGAACCACCCUCUUCUCAAAAUGUUGACUUUGUCUUCCCCUAGUGGUAAAUGGGGGCAGUGGUGCAAUUCAUUUUAUUUUCCAUAGUCAAAUAUUAUAAAGUAUUGCUUUUUGAAUGUGUUACUGUUUCCUACAUUGAAUAAAUAAUAUAUUAUCAUGCUAA